AUGGGCAGCGGCAGCAGCCGGAGCGGCCGGGCCCUGAGGCGGCUGCGCGGCCCCGACAGCCGGCCUGCGGGACCCGGCGGGGCAGCCUCGGAGGGAGGGACGCGGCCUCUGGUCUCGGCGACGGCGGCGGCCGCCCCGGAGGAGGCCCCCGGCCCCCGACCGGGCCCCGCGGCGCCCCCCGACGGCGGGGACGAGACCCUGCGCCUGCUGGACCAGCUGCUGGCCGAAUCGGCGGCCUGGGGCCCGGGCGAGCCGGCCCCGCGGGCCCGGUGA